AUGGCGCCCUUAGCCGAAGUUGGGGGCUUCCUAGGCGGCUUGGAAGGGUUAGGGCAACAGGUGGGCUCCCAUUUCCUGCUGCCUCCUGCCGGGGAGAGGCCGGCUCUGCUCAGCGAUCGCCUGGCUCAGGCCGAGAGGGGGUCUAGAGGUGGCGGAGGUGCGGCGACUGGGACUGCGGAUUUAGCCCAUUUGCAGGGCAUCCUACGCCGGAGGCAGCUCUACUGCCGGACGGGCUUCCACCUGCAGAUCCUGCCCGAUGGCAGCGUGCAGGGCACCAGGCAGGACCACAGCCUCUUCGGUAUCCUUGAAUUCAUCAGUGUGGCAGUGGGACUGGUCAGUAUUAGAGGAGUGGACAGUGGCCUUUAUCUUGGAAUGAAUGACAGAGGAGAACUCUAUGGAUCAGAGAAACUAACUUCUGAAUGCAUCUUCAGAGAACAGUUUGAAGAGAACUGGUAUAACACUUAUUCUUCCAACGUGUACAAACAUGGAGACUCAGGUCGGAGGUAUUUUGUAGCACUUAACAAAGAUGGUACUCCCAGAGAUGGGGCUAGAUCCAAAAGACAUCAGAAAUUCACACACUUCCUACCCAGGCCAGUGGAUCCUGAAAGAGUUCCAGAACUCUACAAAGAUGUGUUAGGAUACAGUUGAAAUGGGACAGAAUGUUUGAAAGGAAACCAAAACAAAACCCAUUCUUUCCUACCACAACUUCCAGGGUAACACAAGCAGGAAGAACUUUCAAAUGCUGCAGAGUUACCAGGCUCUAGGAGAGUGGAUUUUAACAAGCUGUUUAGUGAUAGCCUCCAUUUCCUAAUGUUUGGAUAUAGGAGACAAAGCCUUAAAGUUAAGAGUGGACCAGCCUCUUUGAAGUUUUCUGACCCUGUUACUGGCCAGUAGACAGUGGGAAGUUGGAGUCUGAUUUAUUUUAAAAUACCAAACUCGUGCCUAA